CUGCCGGUAUGUCGAUGUAAACUGAGAGGAACAAGGGCCAGGGAAGGGCAGACUCUCCACAAAAGGCCAUACCUGGGACUCGCUGUGGUCCCAAACGUUUAUCGUGUUCUGACAAGACCAAAACCCCAAGGGGGAUGCUGAUGGAAUCCUUUUUGGGACAUCACAAAGAUGGCUCUUGCUGCUCCCAUAAUCCGGCAGUGCUCAGCGUACACCAGAAUGUGGAGGAGAUGGAUUUCGAGAGAGGGAUUUGGUGUGCUGCUCUGAAUGGAGACCUCGCGGGGGUCAGAAAGCACGUCCUGAAAGAUGGAAAUGUUAACGAUCCUGACCUCCUUGGAUAUACAGCUUUGCACUAUGCCAGCCGCAAUGGGCAUUACAAUGUCUGCCAGUACCUGCUGGAGAACAAAGCUGUUCCCAAUGCCCAGACCCAUGGUGGGGCCACCCCUCUGCAUCGAGCCUCUUACUGCGGCCACACAGAUAUUGUCAAGCUGCUGUUGGCUUGUGGCGCUAAUCCAGCUAUCGUGGACGAUGAUGGGAGGACCUGCCUCCACAAGGCGGCAGAGAACGGACACCACGAGCUCUGUGUUCUCCUGUUGGGACGCAACGCGGAGCUGAGGAAAAUGCGAGACAAGAACCUCAGAAGACCUUGUGACAUGGUUCCCAGCGGCCAAGAAGAGUUGCGGAGACUUUUAGACAAGAACGAUUUGCCUGCAAAUGACAGCGAAGAAUCCAAGGCCUUGGGAAGCCCUCCUGCCCUCUAGGCGAAGUCGCCCACUGUCACCCUUACCCUUCUGCCUGAUGCUGGUAUGCUGUGGAGCUGCAUGACAGCAGCAAAAUAAAUUUGCUUC